AUGUCGCAGCACGCUUGCGUGUUGGAGGGUAAUGCGGCGGCGGGCAACAUCAUUUCCCUCCUCCUCAUCGCCAUCUUUGAUGCCGCGAGCUCCUCUAGCAAAGCGCGUUGGUUCUCUGUGCACUCCUUCGCCAAUCUGCUGGUGGUGGCCACUUCGAUCAAGUCGGUGCUGGUUGUGAUGAAGGACCCCUUCAACGCGAUGGACUCGCGCAUCUACCACGAUCGCAGCGUAUUUGGCUCCGCCUCGCCGUGGCCGAUCUACAUCGUAAACGCGGUCCACGUCUACCACAUGCUCGCCUUCCGCAACCUCACCUCCGCGGACUACUUCCACCAUCUCAUGUUCAUCCCGACUGUUGGCUUCCUCGGCCAGACCUAUGAGUGGGGUGCGCUGCGCAACUUUCUAUGCUUCUUCAUCAGCGGGCUUCCGGGCGGUGUCGAUUACCUCAUGCUCACGCUGGUCAAGCACAAGCAGAUCGACGUGAUGCUGCAAAAGCGAAUGUGCGCUGCGAUCAACGUGUGGCUCCGCAACCCUGGCAUCACGUACGAGGUCGCGAUCAUGUGGAUGGCCUGGCUGUACGAGCGCUCCACCGUCCCACCCGCCGUCAUCCUCCUCGUCGCCAGCCUGUCGUGGUUCAACGCGCAGUACUACAACAAACAGGCGGUCGCCAACUACGCCAUCGCGCACGUGUUUGGGCGCACCGCACCGCCCCACCGUCUCACCAGAAGCUGCUCUGAGACCGCGCAUGCGAAUAGGCACGUCGAGGAACGGAUCUCGGUCACAACCGGCCUCAAGGUUCCAGAGUGGGGCCCCGAGGCAAAGAAGCCGCAAAACACGAUAGGCGCGUUGGUGGUGUAG